AUGAUGGACAACAAUCGGCGGGACAAUCAAAUUCCCCCCCAACCGCAGUCACCGGAAGAGCUGGCAGAGGAUGAAUUGGUAGAGAAACUUGAACUCCCUCGCUGGCACUCAAUAUCUUUGACAAUCUCUCUGAUGCUGACACUUUUCUGUGUGUCACUGGAUACCACCGUGCUUGCUACUGCUAUUCCAAAGAUAACCACGCAAUUCCAUUCUCUAGACGAUGUAGCUUGGUAUGGAAGCUCAUAUCUUUUUACUACAUGCGCCGUGCAGUUACAGUUCGGCAAAAUCUAUUCUCUGUUCACCACCAAAUGGGUGUUCAUUUGGUCGCUGUUCGUAUUUGAGAUUGGCUCUCUUCUCUGCGCAGCGGCCCCCAACUCAGUCGCCCUCAUUGUCGGACGAAGCAUCGCAGGCUUAGGGUGUGCGGGUAUCAGCUUGGGGUCAUUUGUCGUCAUGACCCAGCUGGUGCCCUUACGCUACCGACCGAUCUAUACCAGCCUGUUGACAUCGAUGCAUGGGAUAGCCAGUGUAGCGGGUCCCCUACUGGGGGGUGUUUUUACGGAUUUCUCUACCUGGCGGUGGUGUUUCUAUAUCAACCUACCUAUGGGAGCAAUUGCCCUCGCGUGCAUUAUUGCUUUCAUGCCGGUAUUGCCGCCUGCCGAGCGACGCGACUUGAACUGGAAAGAAAUAUUUCAACAACUUGAUCCUAUUGGAACAGUUGUACUCGUUCCUGCGGUAAUUUCUCUGCUGUUGGCCAUACAAUGGGGAGGAACAAAGUAUGCAUGGGACGAUGGUCGUAUCAUUGCCCUCUUUGUCCUGUCCGGGGUGCUUACUAUAACCUUCUUUACCAUUCAGCUAUGGAGGAAGGGCAAAGCUACUAUCCCUCUGUCUAUUGCUAAAGACCACAAUAUCCUUGGAGCUAUAUGGUUUUCCGUUUGCGUUGGUUGCACCCUGACCGUCUUCACCUAUUAUCUUCCGAUCUGGUUCCAAGCUGUGAAAGGUGUUUCUGCCACGAAGUCCGGUAUUAUGAAUCUCCCUAUGAUUCUUGGUCUCGUCAUCGUCUCCCUUAUCGCCGGUGCCCUCACUUCAUGGAUUGGAUACUACACUCCACUCCUUAUAGUGUCCGCCAUCAUCACGCCGGUAGGUGCUGGCAUGCUCACUACACUGGAAGUUGAUUCUGGUAUUGGAUACUGGUUUGGAUAUCAAGUCCUCAUGGUGGUUGGCCUGGGCAUAGGUGUCCAGACUGUGAUGCUUGUCCCACAAGUCACGGUCCCUAUGAAAGAUAUGCCCAUAGCUACCACCCUCUUGAUAUUCGGGCAGACUUUGGCAGGGGCAAUCUUUCUGCCCGUUUCCCAGUCAGUCUUCCAGAAUCAGUUGGUCUCCAACCUCCAUCGAUACGCCCCAAAGGCAAACUCCAGCGAUAUUAUUGCAGGUGGUGUAACUGAACUGCGCAGAAUCGUUUCCUCUGAGCAGUUGCCGUCUGUUUUGAAGGCGUACAACAACGCGCUCACUCAAGCCUUCUAUGUAGCUGUUGCCAUGUCUUCACUGUCCUUUUUUGGGUGUGUCUGGUUGGACUGGAUCUCUUUGAAGAGCCCUAAGAAUGCAGCAGAGUUGUCACUACCAGACACACCUACUAUUGAAUUGUCUACUCAGAGGUAG